AUGCACAUCCAUCGACAUCAUCAUUUCUUACUUAAUUCAUCAUUUAAUCAACAAGAAAAUAAUGACUUAGAUGAUAUUGAUCAAUUAUCAAUCCAACAACCUGAUACAACAUCUGUAGAUCCAGUUAUAGUUGAUAAUACCGAUGAAAAUAUAAUAUAUGCCAAUAUUAAUAAUGAUGAUUUUGCUAAUCAAUGGAAUAUUUCAUCAACAAACAUUCUUCGUGAAGACCAGCAAAUUAACCUUAUUGCAGUUCAACAAUUAUACACACGCUUCUUACUUGAGAUGAGAGAACAGCAUAUAUUACCACAGACUAUAAUUCAAUCAAUUACAACAUAUAUAGUAAAUUUACUUGAUAUCGUAGUGGAUCUCGUUGAAGAACAAGCAAAAAAAAGAAUACCAGUCAACAAUCAUCAACAGCAGUAA